AUGUUCAGUUUUUGGAACAUUGGAAGCGGAAAGCUGGUGCUGCCCAAUGGAAAACUAGGUGUGUUCGCGCGGAGGAGGAGAGGUGUGUUCGCGCGGAGGAGGAGAGGUGUGUUCGCGCGGAGGAGGAGAGGUGUGUUCGCCGCGGAGGAGGAGAGGUGUGUGUGCGCGCGGAGGAGGAGAGGUGUGUUCGUGCGGAGGAGGAGAGGUGUGUGCGUGCGGAGGAGGAGAGGUGUGUUCGCGCGGAGGAGGAGGGGAGAGGUGUUUCGCGCGGAGGAGGAGAGGUGUGUGCGUGCGGAGGAGGAGAGGUGUGUUCGCGCGGAGGAGGAGAGGGUGUGUGCGUGCGGAGGAGGAGAGGUGUGUUCGCUUUGCGGAGGAGGAGAGGUGUGUUCGCGCGGAGGAGGAGAGGUGUGUGCGUGCGGAGGAGGAGAGGUGUGUGCGUGCGGAGGAGAGGUGUGUGCGUGCGGAGGAGGAGAGGUGUGUGCGUGCGGAGGAGGAGAGGUGUGUGCGUGCGGAGGAGAGGUGUGUUCGCGCGGAGGAGGAGAGGUGUGUUCGCGCGGAGGAGGAGAGGUGUGUGCGUGCGGAGGAGGAGAGGUGUGUGCGCGCGGAGGAGGAGAGGUGUGUUCGCGCGGAGGAGGAGAGGUGUGUUCGCGCGGAGGAGGAGAGGUGUGUGCGUGCGGAGGAGAGGUGUGUUCGCGCGGAGGAGGAGAGGUGUGUUCGCGCGGAGGAGGAGAGGUGUGUUCGCGCGGAGGAGGAGAGGUGUGUUCGCGCGGAGGAGGAGAGGUGUGUUCGCGCGGAGGAGGAGAGGUGUGUUCGCGCGGAGGAGGAGAGGUGUGUUCGCGCGGAGGAGGAGAGGUGUGUUCGCGCGGAGGAGGAGAGGGUGUGUGCGUGCGGAGGAGGAGAGGUGUGUUCGCGCGGAGGAGGAGAGGUGUGUUCGCGCGGAGGAGGAGAGGUGUGUGCGCGCGGAGGAGGAGAGGUGUGUGCGUGCGGAGGAGGAGAGGUGUGUUCGCGCGGAGGAGGAGAGGUGUGUGCGCGCGGAGGAGGAGAGGUGUGUGCGUGCGGAGGAGGAGAGGUGUGUUCGCGCGGAGGAGGAGAGGUGUGUUCGCGCGGAGGAGGAGAGGUGUGUUCGCGCGGAGGAGGAGAGGUGUGUGCGCGCGGAGGAGGAGAGGUGUGUUCGCGCGGAGGAGGAGAGGUGUGUUCGCGCGGAGGAGGAGAGGUGUGUGCGUGCGGAGGAGAGUGUGUGUUCGCGCGGAGGAGGAGAGGUGUGUUCGCGCGGAGGAGGAGAGGUGUGUUCGCGCGGAGGAGGAGAGGUGUGUUCGCGCGGAGGAGAGGUGUGUUCGCGCGGAGGAGGAGAGGUGUGUGCGCGCGGAGGAGGAGAGGUGUGUUCGCGCGGAGGAGGAGAGGUGUGUGCGUGCGGAGGAGGAGAGGUGUGUUCGCGCGGAGGAGGAGAGGUUUGUGUGCGCGCGGAGGAGGAGAGGUGUGUGCGUGCGCGCGGAGGAGGAGAGGUGUGUUCGCGCGGAGGAGGAGAGGUGUGUUCGCGCGGAGGAGGAGAGGUGUGUUCGCGCGGAGGAGGAGAGGUGUGUUCGCGCGGAGGAGGAGAGGUGUGUUCGCGCGGAGGAGGAGAGGUGUGUGCGCGCGGAGGAGGAGAGGUGUGUUCGCGCGGAGGAGGAGAGGUGUGUUCGCGCGGAGGAGGAGAGGUGUGUUCGUGCGGAGGAGAGGUGUGUGCGUGCGGAGGAGGAGAGGUGUGUGCGUGCGGAGGAGGAGAGGUGUGUGCGUGCGGAGGAGGAGAGGUGUGUGCGUGCGGAGGAGGAGAGGUGUGUUCGCGCGGAGGAGGAGAGGUGUGUGCGUGCGGAGGAGGAGAGGUGUGUUCGCGCGGAGGAGGAGAGGUGUGUUCGCGCGGAGGAGGAGAGGUGUGUGCGUGCGGAGGAGGAGAGGUGUGUGCGUGCGGAGGAGAGGUGUGUGCGUGCGGAGGAGGAGAGGUGUGUGCGUGCGGAGGAGGAGAGGUGUGUUCGCGCGGAGGAGGAGAGGUGUGUUCGCGCGGAGGAGGAGAGGUGUGUUCGCGCGGAGGAGGAGAGGUGUGUGCGCGCGGAGGAGGAGAGGUGUGUUCGCGCGGAGGAGGAGAGGUGUGUUCGCGCGGAGGAGGAGAGGUGUGUGCGUGCGGAGGAGAGAGGAGGAGAGGUGUGUUCGCGCGGAGGAGGAGAGGUGUGUUCGCGCGGAGGAGGAGAGGUGUGUGCGCGCGGAGGAGGAGAGGUGUGUUCGCGCGGAGGAGGAGAGGUGUGUGCGCGCGGAGGAGGAGAGGUGUGUUCGCGCGGAGGAGGAGAGGUGUGUGCGUGCGGAGGAGGAGAGGUGUGUUCGCGCGGAGGAGGAGAGGUGUGUUCGCGCGGAGGAGGAGAGGUGUGUGCGUGCGGAGGAGAGGUGUGUUCGCGCGGAGGAGGAGAGGUGUGUGCGUGCGGAGGAGGAGAGGUGUGUGCGUGCGGAGGAGGAGAGGUGUGUGCGUGCGGAGGAGGAGAGGUGUGUUCGCGCGGAGGAGGAGAGGUGUGUGCGCGCGGAGGAGGAGAGGUGUGUGCGUGCGGAGGAGGAGAGGUGUGUUCGCGCGGAGGAGGAGAGGUGUGUUCGCGCGGAGGAGGAGAGGUGUGUUCGCGCGGAGGAGGAGAGGUGUGUGCGCGCGGAGGAGGAGAGGUGUGUUCGCGCGGAGGAGGAGAGGUGUGUUCGCGCGGAGGAGGAGAGGUGUGUUCGCGCGGAGGAGGAGAGGUGUGUUCGCGCGGAGGAGGAGAGGUGUGUGCGUGCGGAGGAGGAGAGGUGUGUUCGCGCGGAGGAGGAGAGGUGUGUUCGCGCGGAGGAGGAGAGGUGUGUGCGCGCGGAGGAGGAGAGGUGUGUGCGUGCGGAGGAGGAGAGGUGUGUGCGCGCGGAGGAGGAGAGGUGUGUGCGCGCGGAGGAGGAGAGGUGUGUGCGUGCGGAGGAGGAGAGGUGUGUUCGCGCGGAGGAGGAGAGGUGUGUUCGCGCGGAGGAGGAGAGGUGUGUUCGCGCGGAGGAGGAGAGGUGUGUGCGCGCGGAGGAGGAGAGGUGUGUGCGUGCGGAGGAGAGGUGUGUGCGUGCGGAGGAGGAGAGGUGUGUGCGUGCGGAGGAGAGGUGUAA